UACCAAGUUCCAUCAUCAACCUAACAACACACAACACUACUACAUAUCUCUUUCCUAAAAGGAUUAAGAAAUCAACAAUGGAGAAUCUGAGAAAUGGCCAAGAAAACGGUUCUCACUGGAUCCCAUUUACGUUCUUUGAUCAAUCUUCAGUGACGAUUCCUCUCUUGAAGUGUUUCGGUCUCGAUAGCUCUUCUUCAUCAUCAUCUUCUUCUGGCGAUUUUUCGUCAUCUCACAGCGAGGAAGAUGAGAGUAUCGAUAUAAAGGAGGAGGAGGAGGAAGAAUAUGACAUGACCAUUGAAAUCAAAGCGCGAGGGAAGACCAAGACUAAGCCUCAGCCAAGCUCAGGAAAAGGAGGCAAACACAAUUAGAGUUCAUAUACAGAGGAUACAAAUAAAUGCAUUUGUAUAAAAAUACUUAGCUAUAACUAUAAUAUAGUAUAUACUUAUUAUAUAUAGUCAUUUGUUUUGAAUGUAAAUUGGAUUAAUAAAGAUCGAGCUGAGUUUCAUUUUA